GUGUGGAAACAACCAUAUACCAUCAUCACCCUGAAGAUUUUUACUAUUUGAUAACAUCACUUUCUGUUCAGCCCAUUUUCUGCUACAAAAAAGUGAUAUAUAUUCUCUGCUUCAACUCUUUGGCGGAUUUUAAAAGCAUUUCCUUGUUUUACUGCCAGGCCUUAGACUCUCUUUUGCAUUUAUGGUUACUGCCAUAAGCCUUCCAGUUUUUGAUCAGAGGCAUUCCCUGGUAUAGACACUGACAGAUAUUUUCGUUUUUAAUCCAAACUUGGGGGGAAAAAAAAUGCAGAAUUUUUCUAACAGUCCGGCUCCCCCCUCCCUUCCCCCUGGGUUCAGUGGGAGGGGAGGAGGAGGACCCCCAUAUCCCCCUCAGCCAGCAGACCCCCAGAUCUCCCCGAGGAUGACAGAUGAUUACGCAGGGAUGCAACAGCAGAGCCUGCACAGAGCCCAUCACCACCCCAGUCAAGCCAGCCACAUGCUUGCUUACAGUGCUCGAAACAGAGGAGCUGUGGAGCCACCGCCAACACAGGGUAACAUUCACAGUGGCAGCAGUAACAACCCUUACAGGAAAGAUGCCAUGGAUUACUAUUUUUCAAUGGGUGGGAAAGACAGGCAUAGAAGGGGUGGUAUGGGUUAUGCGGCAAGCUUUGGGUACCCCAAUAUUGAUGGACAUUUACCUCACCAGUACAGGCAUGCUGGAUCUGGCUCUGCACCAUCAUCUGGCCUGAUGUCACCAUAUCCAGUAGACUAUGCUUCCAGUGCUGGUUCGGGUGGAGGUGCUGGAGCGUUCUCUCCUUCUCAUCAGUACAAUAUGAGUCAGAAUCCUGCAAUGCAGGCAGUGCCCGGUUCUCAGAUGCAGCACCGCCAGCAUGGACAAACCUUCACAGCUGUCCACCAUGGACAGCAACAUAGGAGCUAUCCACACUCUGGGCACAGAAUGACCCCUCAGUACCCGCAUUACUCCCCACAGGGUGGAGCAUCUACAGGGUCAUCAGGAAUGUACAGCCCCCCUCCGCAGAGAUAUCUCGAUGGGGCUGCUAGCACUGGGUUUGAUCCCAAAGUCAACAGUUCUCCCAGUGUCAACUCCAGUUCAAACUCAGUCUCUGGUUCAGUUGCUGCUAAUAAUGUGGGGCCAAUGGAGAAUGUUCAACAGAGUUACCAUGCUUCAUCUUAUCCUGGAUAUUCCCCACAGACACUUUCACUUCACAAGCAAGCCACACUACAGCACCGCAACUCACAGCACAAUUUAGGGGUGGGUUAUGACAACUCUCUCAAGAUGCAGCACCAGGGCCCAUCUCCAGGCUCCAUAUAUGCUAAACUUCAUCAAGCCUCCAAUCCCAGUAUACCUCAAGCAGCAUCCCAAGAAAUAGCCAAAUCCCCAAUGCAUCCCAAUGCUCAACAAACCCAAAUUAACCAAAACUUUAGCCCGAUAUCCAACCCCUCUCCAGCUGCCUCUGCAGUACAUUCCCCCAGCUGUAGCUCCUCUCCUUCCCCUUUGAUGGGUGUCUCAGAGGCACAUGGAAACCCCUCAGGUCAUGGUCCUUCACAUCCUCCUACAUCAAACCCCCGUAGCAGCCACGGUCAUGGUAGAUUACUGCAGACUAUGCCUCAGUUAAGUCCCACGCCCAAUUCAAAUAGCAGCAUCAGUAGUUGUGGUAGCAGUGGCAGUCAUAAAGCUCAUAGCAUGAGUGCAGUUGGAGGAAGCAGUCUUCCUCCAACAGGCCGCAACAAAAUGGGUCCAGGUACAGGAAUUGGAACCCGUGAGGAAGGCUCGUCUGUUUAUUCAUCUUCUCCGCUCGACAAAAUGCAGGAUGCCGGCCUGAAUAGUCUUAAUGCCUUGAGCUCACAAGUAGCCAAUUUACCAAACACAGUUCAGCACAUGCUCCUCACUGACACAGUGCUUUCACAUAGGAAGGGGAAAGAUGGCGGGCAGAUGCAACAUCCAUCACAUGGCGUGCCCCCAUCACAACCAAGAAGUCGAAAUGCAAGUGCGGCUUCAAGUACCAGCACAGUCAAAGAUGGAAGUGCAGUGGGGAUUGGUGACGGUGCCAGUUUAGAUGCUGGUGCUGAUGAAGACUCCUCAUUAGUGUCAGUUGGAGGCUCGUCGGGGACCAAGGUGGAGCGAGAGGAUCAGUUUUCUGAGGGGGAACAUGGGAGAGUGAGGCAGAUGAGUGGUGCAAGCAGUGGAUCCGAACCAGCUGGCUAUCAUCUUCCAUCUCACAGUCAAAUCCAAACACAGACUGGGCAAGCUUCGAAUGUUAAAACAGUCACCUGUGACUCACCGUUAAAAGAACAAAACGUUUCUGAAACAAAAGGAAAUGAUGCGCACGUUCCCUCUUCAUCAUCAUCUCCAUCCUUUGGAUGUCAGUCGUCAGAGACCGGCACAAAUUCACAUUCAACACCUCCAGUUUCCUCAUCCCCCUCAUCCACCUCCUCCAGUAUUCCUCCACCCCAGCCAAACUGUGUCUCAGAACCUGGUUUAACAUAUAAUGACCAACGAGGAGGAAAUAGAAAGACAACAGAAAUUAAAAAUGAAGCCAUCAAAAACGAAAGUGAAGGUGUAGCUGAAAAAAUAGAGAAAGGCAGUAGCCAAAUGCAACGUGAUGAAGAAGCCAACACGCAGAAUGGUCAGGACAAAGAAAACAGGUCGAUCACGGCAUCGAGAUUACACAGUAACGAGAGAGAAGAAAAGCACACACCUGAAGAACAGCAAAGUGCUAGUGGUGUUGGUGUCAUUGUUUCAGCUCGGUCUGAGGGAAGUCACACUGAAAAAAGCAAACAUCCCCAAGACAACUGUGUAGAGGAGAAACAGCCACACUCUUAUUUAAGAGAGUCAGGCAGUCAUAAUGGGGAGGAAGGUGUUGACCUGAGUGUGUAUUCCUCCCAUCACCAAUCCCAUCAGAAAUCAAAUAUUGGACGGCCUCAGAAUCCUGCCCAGUCUGGACCACAUAAAUAUGGCUACCUAGAAUCAACAUAUGGCUCAGAUUUGUCAAUGAAGAACAGAGGGAGGGCUGGUCCAGGAGGUGUAAUGGAAUCGAAUUCCAGAUACUUAGGAUACCAGCAAUCACAAACUGGUUAUGGCCCUGUGCAUCCAAAAGAUGUGGGAUCUGUAGCAGAGGCGUUGGUGAAGAGAGGGCAAGCAGCGGGAGCUAAAGGUCAUGAGGAUAAUUCUCAAAUGCAGUUUCCAAGUCUUUUACAAGAGGUUCUUCAAGGUUACAAUUUAGACAGACGUUAUGGAAGACCAGAACAGGCAUUUCCUGCACAUCUCCAAGUUCAACAACAGUUUCAAACCAGACACCCGUAUGGCAUGGCUGAAAGUAUGAGGAUGCAAAGUGGAAUCACUGAGGCAUCGGCUCAUUCUGCCCAAAUGGGCGGCCCUGGAAAGCCCCAACAUCCAAACCAGAGGCAUGGAGGAGAGCCUGAUUUUGCCACAGAUUCUCUGUCUUCAGUAAAGUCAGAAGUGUCGAAUGCAAAGACAUUACAAAAUGCUGAAAAAUCUGAAGUGGGUGUGUCCCAGAGUCAUUUACCACAGGCUUCAGAGUCUCAGCAGCCCCCACCAAAGCAUAUAAACUUAGCUGAUUAUUCUCUUCCACAGAGAAAAGCAUUAUCUAAUGUGUCCACUCCAUCCUCUGCUGUGCAGGAGCUCCUUUUGCAGGAGCCAGAGCCGUUAACAGGCAGCAUUGGUCAAACUGAGUCUCAAAAAUCAUCAGGCUCCAUAUUAGCCCCAUCAGAGCGGCGCUCUGUCAUCUGUGAUGUGUCGCCAAACCGACGCAGCACACCAGAGAGGGACAGGGAAAGUGAUAGAGAGAGAGAGCGGGAGAAAAGUCAGAGUGGAGCUUCAGUGAUUCAACAGCCAUUUUCCUCUCCAGCAGCAGCCAAUGAUCUGAGUAAGAAGGAUAUUGUAGAGAAACAAGUGGUGAAAAUGGAAACAGCAUCAAAAGAGGCUGGCCCAGAUGCUGCAAAUUUACAAACUGAUCAUCAUAGCAGUGGGGGAGCUAAUGAGCCUGAUAUUGAGUAUCAUUCCAAGUCUGUUCAUUCAUCUGUUGUAAUGAAUGCUGACCCCUUUAGGCCCCUGCCUCCUCAUCCCAUGAGCACUAAUCCUUUGUCCUCACCGUCGAGGCAUCAGUCCUAUCUCCAUGGUGUUGAUUUAUCAACUGGCAAUGCCAGUAGCUUUCCUGGUUAUCGAUUUGGAGACACAAGAGAAGGCAACAUAAUGCCACGGAGUAACCCCCAUUUUCCCUCCCACCUUCCAUACCACAACUUACCCCCCCAGACUCAAUCCACAAAUAAGCUUCAAAUGUAUACUCACCCUCGUGGACCCCCUCAUCAUCCCCAUGAUAUGACUGACUGGGUAAAAGCAAUGAACAGGCCAGCAAAGGAAAUGAUGAUGCAACCUGGUUCUUCCCCAGGAAGACACAAGGUUAGCCAAUCAGAGCAGAGACAGAGGAUGAUCCCCCAACCUGACAUACCCAGUGAGCAACAUGCACCUAAAACUUCACUCCAUCAUCAAAGCCGAUACUUUGACAUGAAAAUGUGGGAUUCAGCACACCCUGGAAGAGAGGGAGCUAGAAUGAUAGAGGGAGACUCUUACUUCAGAACACAGCCGCCUCCCCCUCCUCCUCCCGCUCCUGUAGCUUCACAUGGCCCUGUUACUCCACAAAAGACUCUCGGCCCAAAUGCUGCUGAACCUUAUGUCCCCAGAGGAGUCACUGAGGAAGCCAAACAUCCCUGCCCUCCUCCUCCACCCAGCUCCACGAAGCCUCCUGCUGACAUGAACUCCACCCAGCCACAGGUGCCGCGUCAAACUAAAGCUGGGGGUUCUGGAGACACAAAUCCACUAAUAUUGAGAAGGAGAGUUCGUUCUUUUAUCUCUCCUAUUCCCGCCAAAAGGCAACUUCAGGAUGGGUCUCAGCAGAGGGCUGCCACAAACUCACAUCAUUCCCCCGGGGCUCAUUCAGAGUCGAGCCAUCACAAUGAAGAUGACUCGUCUAGUUCAGAUAUUCCAUGUCCCAGGCUCUCUUCACCUCUGCCGGGAGAUAAUACCUAUUCACAACCUCUGUCUCCAUCGACUGGUAGUGCCAAGGUUUUGCCUCCCAGGAAAGGACGAGGUUUGAAACUAGAGGCAAUAGUGCAGAAAAUCACCCCAAAUAUUAAAAAGCCAGUGGGCCAUGCUGAUGACGAGGCAAAUCAUUAUCCAGUCUUCUCUCACUCAGAAAUACCACCAUUUAACGAUUCACAGGACCAAGACUUAGCGCAUUUCCCCAGGGUUGUAGGGGGGGAUGAUAGUUACAUGGAUGAAAGUCACUCGUUAAAUGACUUGAUUCCUUUCAGAGGAGUUGAUGAGACUGGGCCUUUACCGCCGUCUGCUUAUCCAUGUGACCCUCAUCAGACGUCCCAAGCCCUUAAACAAGACUUUGAUUUUGGAUUAGGAGCUGCAGUGGCAUCAGCAUCGGGUGACAAAGAGGACUUUGCUUUGCUCGGACCUUUACCCCCUCCUCCACCUCUCCCUCGCCCAGUUCAGGGAUCGCCACCUCCAUCGUCAUCUGCCCUGUCAGACAUUCAACAUUUCACCAACACCUACCAGCAGCUUGAGACAAGAAGAGGAGAACAGUCGGCCGCUAACCUCCUUAGACAGAAACUCCAAGAAUCUGGCAUGGGAUUUGAUGAUUAUCCUGGCAGCGACUACUAUGGGACCACCCCUCCCCAUCAAGGACACAUGCUGAACAGACAUCAGAUGUCCUCUGGUAGGUCCAGUCUGUCGCCACAAGAUUCUAAGACACCAGAGAGUAUUGUACCUAAAGGCUAUUUCCCAUCUGGCAAGAAGAAGGGCAGGCCGGUGGGGAGUGUGAAUAAACAAAAACGGGCACAGAACCAACCCCAAACACCGGUGCAGGCCCAGUCUCCAGCCCAGGCUCAGAAUGCAACUCAGAGUGCACCUCCAGCUCCACCCACUCCAGCUGCAGCUGCACCCACGGCCCCACAGGCAGAGCAGGCUACCAGCAGCACAGAGGAAUCCGCAGCUCCCCCUCUGCCAGACAUUGAAAGCACUCCCCCGCUGGCCCCACCCAUCUUAACCCAGGUAGUGAAAGUAGAUAUUGAGAGUGAAGACACACAGCCAGAGAUUGAAGUCAAACCUGUGCGACGGAGACGCAAAGGUGUGAAAGAUGAAGACGAGCCACUAGGAGGAAGAGGACGACAGAGAAGAAGAAGGAGAGGAGCAGCAGCUGCAGCAGCAGCGACCCAGUCAGUGGCCAAAGAUGACCCAGAUACACCUUUAGGGGCAGGAGGGAGUCUCGGCGCGAAUAGAGCAUUUCCGGAUCCAAAUAGAAAGGGCCCAUUUGUUCCACACAUUCAUGUGGAGAAAAAAAUACCAGAGAUUGGGGCAGUGUGCACCAUUGUAAAUGCUGAGGAGGACAAGAUGAAAGGAGAGCGUAGUGCAGUUGGAGCUAAAGCAAGCGCAAGUGGAAUUGAUUCUAUCCUGACCUCGGCUCUUUCCUUCCAGUUAUCUAGGAGAGACAGAGAUUCAGAGAAUAGGGAGACAGACGAGGUGGAAACUACACUUCAGUCAGGAAAAGCACUUCCUUCAUCUGGCUAUGUUGUUUCAGGCCCUGUGAUUACAGAGACUAAUCACUCUGGCCGCCUGCUUUGCUGCCUUUGUCAGAAAUGGGCAAAUUACAAACACCUUGGAGAUCUCUAUGGGCCUUACUAUCCAGCUGAAUAUGCUGCAAAACUCCCCAAGAAUCAGCCCCAGGUCAGACAAUGUCAAGCAACACCAGGCACAAACAAAACAGGACCAAAUUCAGACAUAAGCUCAAAUGCUUUGAGCGCUGUCCAAGACACACAAACUCAAGAUUCUCAGUUUACCAGGCCCUCAACUGAGAGUGACUACGCCAUCAGUCUAGAUUCAAACCCAGUGUCUCUUACCCCUAACGAUAGAGCUGCCUCCCCAGCUGGUAGAGAGGAAAUGAUGAUGCCUGUGGCUGGCAAGCUCACCAGCACUGCCUCCUCCUCCUCCCCCCCUUCCUCCUCUACAGCUACCAGCAAAACAACAUUUCUAACCUGGGACAUGAAUCUAGAUAUCCGACCUAUCCCUGAGCUUAAGAGAGAGCCAGACCUCGAGAUUGACCAGAAACAGAUGCAAAUACAGCCGCAACAGCCCACAGAGGAAGCCCAACAACGACCUCAACACAGAAAGUUGACCUCGCAUCCCCGCUUUAAACGGAGGCACAAAUCAAGCGAGGAAUCCCCCAGAAUGGUACCAUCCAACAGUAAAGCGUCCCUGCCCUUCCAGCCCCCUCCACCAGCCUUGGACUCCCUGGGACCUUUGGCACAACUCGCCCAGCUGCCUCAGAUGCCCUUGGACCCAGAGGAGCUGUGGGUCCACGAAGGAUGUAUGGUGUGGACCAGUGGAGUGUACCUUGUCAAUGGGAGACUGUACGGCCUGCAGGAGGCACUAGAUGGCGCCAGAGAAACAAGCUGCUCAUACUGUGAGAUGGUGGGCUCAACCCUGGGCUGCUACAGUAAAGGCUGUACACUCCGCUACCACUACAUGUGUGCUAUUGAAGCAGAUUGCUCUCUGAAUGAAGAUAACUACUCACUGCGUUGUCCGAAGCACAAGGUAAAGAAGGAGAGUUUACCCAGAGCAUCCGGCCAGCCAAGUCAGUGUACCUGGAGCAGUCAGAGAGAGGCUGAAAGAAAUGCAGAGGAAGAAGAGACACAGGAGUCUGGGAGCUGUAUGUUUGGACCACAGAAGACUGAGAAAUGAGAGUUGUUUGUGAAGCAGCCCCAAACGUGAAAGGACAGGACUGGCAUCUUAUGACAGAGAACAAUAAAAAGGGAAUGUACAAUUUCUCACCAGGAGUCAGCAUAAUUUACAUUUAAGACAUUGCAGAAAGAAACAUUUUCUUCUAAGAGAAUUAUUGCUCUUUACUUAAAAGCAGAAAAAGAAAAAAAAAAGGACACGCAACAUAAAGGAACAGCGCUACAAGAAAAGACUUUUUAAAAAAACUACAAAGAUCGAAGUGGAAUAAAAUGAGACGUCAAGCCUGACGGAGGAAUGAAGGAACUUUUCUGUAAAGAACAAAAGAAACAAACUUCCUCUCUAGGCUCACUUUGAUUUUCCUGAGACACCCUCUUAGUGUUAAACCUUUGUUUAUCAUCAUCUGUAUUAUCAUUUACCUUUUUUUUGUCAGGUUUUCUUUUGAGUGCUUUGAGGAGGCGUAAUGGGAGCAAAUCGGGUGUCAAACCCAGAAAAGAAUUUUUCCUUUCACAAGUAGUAUUUUAUCUUACGAUAUUAGGAUGAUCACAAUUAUUAUUUUAGUCCUCAUUAUUAUUUUGUAUCCUCAUCAGUAUUUACUCAUGAAAAUGAAAUGGAUGUAUCUCACUAUAUUCAGUCAACACAUGAAUUGGAUUUUUUUUUUUUUCCCUUUUCUUUUUCAUUCCUGGAGAGGGAGGAGCCAGAGUCAUGUGUUCUGGAAUGUCAGGGUCGAGUUUGCCACAAAGACAUUAAUGCCUUGUAGAACGGACAUCUGUUGCCUUUCAAAAGUCAUGUGUAUGAGUGAGAAGUGAGUGUGUGUGAAAGUGAUAAAUGCAAAUAUCUGGGUCUUUGAUUCCAUUUUGGUCCUUUUGAAAAGUGUUCUUAUUUUUCAUCACUGGGGUUUUUACGGUACAGAGUAGUAUUCAUGAAAAAUCAGACGGACACAAUCUUAUUUUUCAAGUACAAAUGUUCGUAAUGUGCAAAGAGAAGGAGCCUUGUAAGCGGAGGAGAUAACACUAUGGACUAAUGCGUGUCUGCCAUCUUUGACCAUGGUGACUGGAAAAAGAUGAAGGACAGGACACUGAAGAGUUUUCAUCAGUGUGGAACUGGGUGCUGAUGCACAAGUGCGUCUGUUCUACACAGGGAGUUGAGUUGGACUGACUGGUGUCAGUCCCUGGGACAGUGAUGAAACAUUUUUGGAGCUGAAAACUUUGGAGAACGGUGUCAUACGAACAAGCUGUGAUUGGCCAACUGUUCGGGCCAAUGAGGAGCAAGCAUAACCAAGUACUUUCGAAUGGUUUCCUCCAGUGACACAGCAGCGAUUUGAUCGGGAGAUGCAAAAUCCAUUCAAAAGAAGCAUUGCCAUAAAAUUUAAAAGUGAGUCGUACAUGGUGUUGUCUUUAUCAUUUUUUAUUGUUAUUCUUGUAAAAAAGUCAAGCUGAAAGAAGACAGUUACACUAUCAAAACCAUGCUGUAUUACAAACCUGUCAAUAUGUAUAUGAAUUAUGAAUACACGUUAAAAAAAUGCUUCAAAUA